AUGGUAGAAUUUUUCACUGAGAGUCACUGGGAUGAGUUGCUACCAAAAACUUUAAGACAAAUGUUAUAUGAAUGGGAUCUAAACUUUGCCAUAGAGAAAUUCUGGACUUAUACGUCAGACCAAACUAAUAAUGACAGAUGUGAACUUCGCCAAUGGAUUCAUAAGGCACAAUCGCACUGUCUGACUGUAAACAAUGAUUACUGUCUUUCAAUUGAACAGCUCCAAAACCAUAUCAAUAGUUGGGGAGGAAUUAUAAGGCCAGAAAUUAAGGUCCAAGAGUUUAUGACUAGCAAGAAGAGUUACGAGGUACAAGCUAUGUCCAGUUUGGUUGCAUCACUUUAUAAUGUGACUGGGUCCACUCAUUGUCUAGAGGCUGGUGGGGGACAAGGUCAUCUGCUUGUUGCACUUACACUUGGAUACGGCAUACCUAGUCUUACUGUAGACUGCGAUGAGAUAGCUAUAAAGAAUGCUGCCAAGAGAGUCAAAAUUAUUCAGAAACAAUGGAGGGCAAUUGCCAAGAAAAUAACUAAUGGCACAGAAGAGUGCAUCACUGAGAAUAUGAGCUGCGACAUUCAUCGCUUUGCCAGCGCUUUUGUAACAACGAAAACUGAUAUAUCGACAAUUAUAAGGAACGCAUUUCCUGAUUGUGAUAAAGAUGUGAAAAUUCUGUUGACAGGACUCCAUACAUGUGGAAACUUGGGACCUGAUUCCCUCAAGAUCUUCAAGUCCCAACCGUCGACCACAGGCUUAUUCAAUGUCCCUUGUUGCUACCACCUCCUCACCGAGGAAGUAGAUGCUGGUCUUUUUGACGUGUUCCAAAGAGAUUAUGGUUGUGGCCAAGCAUCAGAACAUGGUUUCCCUAUGUCCGAAUAUUUGAGAGGUUAUAACCUGGGACGGAACGCUAGAAUGCUCGCCGCUCAGUCUAUAGACAGGGUCGUGUCUCGGAAACAAUUGCCGUCAAAGAGUUUGCUGUAUAGAGCCCUGUUUCAGGUGAUUGUGAAGAGACAUCUGCCAGGGUUCGCUUUAACCGAUGGGAGACUGAAGCGGUUAGCUUCAAAUUGUGAUGACUUCAACGAAUAUUUCAAGAUGGCGGACAGCGUGCUCGCAUUGGGUCUGUUUGACAAAUUGUCUGACAGUUAUUUGAAAGAAGUGUCUAAAGAUUUGAACUGUCAAUGGAAACAAGUUGUUUUAUUUUAUUUGUUAAGGUUAUGUUUGGCGCAGGUGAUUGAGAGCGUUUUGUUGUUAGAUAGAUUGCUGUAUUUAUUAGAAAACGGGUUUAAAAAGGCUUAUAUAGUGAAAUUGUUUGAUCCUGUGCUGUCACCUCGGUGUCAUAGUAUUGUGGCAGUUAGGUAG